AUGCGUGAAAAACAGUCAAUCGACGAUGCGCUCAGAACGCAUUGUGGCAUUGUCGCCAAGCAUUAUUUUGUCACUGCUAUUACCGAAGAAGGCGCCACCAUGACCUUUGCCAACCCUACCACUGGACGCGGCAUGACCGACACCACGAUACGCCAAUUCUUUGAUGCCACCAAAUACCGCCAGGUCAUGGCCCGCAUUGAUUCAGGCGCUGAUCCUAUACUGGACGAUUACAAUCUUGAAGACGGCUUCUACGGUCGUCCCGCUGCGCUCGGCCGCAGUCGAAUGGACCGUCGCCGCAACUCUGCAUUCGGAGAAUGGAGUGGCAGUCCUGUUCGUCAAGGCCGCAAGCGCGUCAGAGGAGCACGGGCUAUCAAUGAUGAGGACGAUCUUCCCAUGACUGUUUCAUCUCGCAGGUGCAUCAAGAUUGGCGACUCGGCUGCUGUGUGGAGCUUUUACGAACAGCGCUUCAAGAACUGCCAGCAGACGGCCUGCAAACUCAUUGCCAAGGCUUGGGUCAAGGCCGUGGAGCCCAAGAAGCAAUCAACGCAUCCUUACACUGGUAGCGAUGAAAAGGCACCAGGAUGGUGGCCGAAAGCGUGGGGUCCCACAAAGGACGACAAGGUCCGCCAUAAAGAGCCCGAUCAUUUAUACAAGCGAGAGCGUGUCCACCUUCUCGCCCACAUCCUCAGGCUGGUUGUAGAACCCAACCACAAGCAGCAUACUGAGAUUCAGAAGCUUGGCCUGAAUGUGAAGAAGCUUGAUGAAACCACGAAUGAGGCGCUGUCAUCCUUCUUCAUGGACAACGAGGCAAAUGCCAAGAAGAAGCCGUUUCUUACUGAAAUCUUCAAGGUAGCUCGGCUGGAGGAACGGUACAAGAAUGGCGAAAUCGAUGGCACAACUGAAGUCUAUGUCAUGGCAGAAGACAAGAUGCCAGAGAGCUACGCUUCAGACCCUGAGGAUGCUGGCUUUAUCAAGGACGAAGAGGAUCAUGAUGUAUCCAGAUCCAAACCUCCGGUUUCUCAGGGCUUGCCGCACCCAGUAUCGGAGCCCAGCUCUGCCACGAGCAUCCGUGGACCAGCCUUCAUCAAUGACCUAACGACACGGGCCAGUACAUUCCCCCAGUCAAUGAUUUCGGAGAUUCCCUCACAGCAGCAUACAUUUGUCGAGGGUAGCUCACUCUCUGUCCACAGCGGCCAAGCCGUACCCACCGCUACCACCGCAGCUGCAGCUGCUACUGGCAACCUUACCCUUGAUCUGGUUGCCACCUCUCACGAUGCCAGCCGGCGACCAUCGGUGUUUAGCGACUACGCCAGCCCAGGAGGGAACCUGUACUCCCAGCAGUGGCCACAGGCCUCGGCAGCCACCAGUGGAUCAUCCAUGUACCAGUAUAGUCAGCAGCCAACGGCUGCGCAACCAGCAACAUUUGUGAGCUCUGGGGUGCCCAUCACACCUGGUCAGAGUUUCAUGCCGAGCUCUUUUGAUGCGCCGCAUCGCAGUGAAUACGACCCAAACGGCAACACGAUUUUCAGAUCGGGAGACCUGUCACAAACACCUCCCGUUAGCCAACAGCAAGGCUACAAUUACGCAAUGUCCAAUGAUGCGCGUGGAAUGAGAGUCAUGGCCCAAGUUGUGGAUCCCGCUGGACAUCGCCCUUCCUUACAGUAAAGGAAAGAGGGAGAGCGAGAGCGCAAUGGGUCAGUGGUAUCAGCAGGCUGCAGGCUGCAGGAGAGCGAGCCUGUGAAGCCUAGCUUAUGCGUAUAAUGCUACGUACAGGGGCCUGGUCUCGGCAAUACAGAGCGCGGUACGCACUGGAACGCAUAUUGACCAAUAAUUGUGAUUUGAUCUUUUAUUCUAUCCUAUUUCCUUCAUUUCCUUUCUUCCCAUAUUUGCUUGUUAUCGAGUCGGUCUAUCCUGGCGUUCAAUGAACUUUUCAGCUGCCUGUGGGGGAGGAUUCCUCUUUGACGAAAUUGAUGUCGUGGGCGAUACAGGCGGACUUUGCUUAUGCUUUAUUCCUGGAGGCUUCUUUUUCCUUUCUUUCCGCCAAUCUCCUGCAAGGACAGCGCUGUUCGGUUGAAGUGGUUUGCCAAGGGCAGUAUACAGAGCAUGGAUGGGCGGUAUGCUCUUGGCAAGACUGCCAAUUCUCUUUUUGGUCUUUGAUUUUUGUUUGGUCUAUUUUUCUGUGCGGUUGUAUGUCCUUUCAUUGAGUGGAUAUGAGCCAUUCUUGCCUCCAGUGGCAAUAUUUUCGAUGAGAUUUGUUUUUCUUUUCUUUUUGCAAUUCAUUCCAGUGUCCCAGCGAUUCACAGGGCCUCCGACAUUUAUGGCUUGGUUACUGGAACCUCUUGAAUACAUGCCCACGCCUGACGGAUAGCGAUACUUGGAGGCUUUUCUUCAGAAUUUUUUGAGGGGCUUUUUGCCCCAUCUGAACGGAGUUUGUUUCUCAUUUGUUUCUGUCGUCUAAUCAUGUCUGUGUUGGUGCAAGAUGGAAAUCUGGAGGGGGGGGGGGUUUAUAUGGAGUGGUUUAUGGGGAAUUACGUAGACUGAACAAAGCAUAGCGAACUAAGCAAGCGAUGCUAUCUUUUCUUUUUUUUUGAUCUCCCUCAUUUCUCUCUCAUUUCUCUUUCCUUUCAGUUUUCUCUUUUGGCUAUCAGUUAGUUGGCUGGCGUCUCCUUUGCAAGAAUAAUUGUCUUUAUAGGUUGAUGGGGAGAGGCUACUAAAGCGAGAACUUUCUUUUGAUACAUGGGAUAAUUAACGUUUUCUUUAGCGACUACACGCAUAAGAAGCGUAGUAAGAUAUAUGAGCAAUCUAUCACACUGUUUGUUUUGUCUAUGAAAUUGAUCUGCUUUGCUUUGCUCUUUUAUGGAGGUUAAAAGCACUGGUGAAGUAAGUGGCGAUUUGCGAGAAGCCGAAC